GCAAUGAUGAUCAAUUAAACUGAUCACAAGCGACAAUAUUAAGGCAGAAUAAUUAACGACCUUUCAUUCUUCUCGGCUGAUUCCAUUUUAAUAACACCACGAUAUUCAUUCUUAUCACGUAUUUACGGAGGGGUCCAGCCCUACUAAGUAUGGAUCUUAUAUUCCUGCAUAUAAACAAGUAAACAUGAGGGGAACGAGAUAACUCCGAUAUAGGUGAAAUUGAAGAUUUUAAAGGUGCAACUGACACAGAUUGAUUACAACGAAUAAAAUGGGUCGUUGUAUAUUAGUUCUUUUUGUUGUUGUACUUGCAGUAUUUAUUUUGCAUUCAUCUUGUAAAUGCACUAAAUCUGUGAGUCGGAAAGCUGCGUCACAUCGAAGAAAAUAUUUUCAAAUUUUUGAAACUAAAAACAAUACGAAUGAAACAGGACAAUUAGGAUCUACAGCGGAACUUCCCUGCUUUGUAAAAUAUCCAACAGCAGCGUUAAAUGUAUCUUGGUGGAAAGUAAACUCUAGUGCGCUCCUAACCACGAAUAAUGUAACAAAGUCUGCUGACAGGAGAUUUAUUGGAAGAUUAAAGGAUGAAAAUACACACCACUGGGUGCUGCGUAUACGUUACACGCAAACUAGUGACGAAGGACUGUACGAAUGUCGACUGGAAGGUGAUUUUGUGGCAAGUAUUUUUGUUACUUUGCGUUUACAAAAAAUAUUACAGGAGCUCAUGCAGUCAUUAAGAAUAGUAGGCCAGAUGAUACCCGUUUUGUUGAAAUCGGGUCUACCCUUCGGCUCAGUUGUUAUUUAGUGAAUUCCAUUGAGUCGCCUGAAUAUAUAUUUUGGUAUAAGGAGGACCGAAUGAUUAAUUAUAAUCUGGACGAUGGUGAAAGUAUAAGAGAGGGAAGGCAAGGAAGUGAACUGAUAUUUCCUGUUGCUAAGUACAGUCAUACUGGAAAUUAUUCUUGUGUACCUUCUAAUGCAGAUCAAGCAAAUUUAUAUGUGAAGGUACAAGUGAAGGUUAAGAGAAAAUGUUAGCAGUAUCGUGUACUUUAAAUUAUGAAGGAAUUUUUGCAAUUCAGGGAACUUAACAUUAUGUACUUCAAAAUAAAAGCUAUAAUUUUUUAAAUUAA